AUGUCCUUCAACCGGAAGUUCCCAUCUCGCCAUGUCCAUACUCUCAAGACUCACAAUGGCCCCGUCAAUACGGUGACAUUUUCGAGUUCUCCUGGAACGUAUGUCCUGACGGGCUCAACCGACCGAGCCAUACACCUGUCCCGAGCACUUCCAAGCUCCGAAACUCAGUCACUCGUCGAAACUACCCGGCCCAUCCAAAAGUACGAGGCGCAUGGGUACUCGGUCCUUGAUAUUGCAGUGAGCGCGGAUAACUCGCGAUUCGCCAGUGUAGGAGGAGAUAGACAAGUCUUUCUUUGGGACGUUGAACAAGGAUCUACUGUGAGGAGAUGGGCAGGCCACUCGAGCCGUGUUGAAGCUGUGCAAUUUGCCGGCGAAGGAGAUUCGGUCGUCGUUUCAGGAAGCGCGGAUACUACAAUCAAUUUGUGGGACUCAAAAUCCAACUCCUACAAGCCUAUCCAAAGCUUGACCGAAGCGUCCGAUACCGUCUCCUCACUGCACGUCCAUAUGCCCACUUAUUCAAUUGCCAGCGGAAGCUACGAUGGGCGAGUCCGAAUAUACGAUCUGCGUAUGGGCCGUACUACUGUAGACGUUAUCGCCCAUCCCGUCACCAGUGUGCGAUGUUCCGCCGACGGCAAUGCUAUCCUUGUUUCCAGCUUGGACGGCAAGAUCCGCAUGCUUGACCGUACCGAUGGGAAACUGCUGAAAGCCUACGGCGGCGAGACGCAGGCAGGCAAAUUUGGAGAAAAGUAUGUGAACAAAUCGCUUCGACUACGGUCUGUGUUUGCCAAAGGGGAUGCCGUCGUCUUGAGCGGAAGUGAACCUGCAGAAAUGGAGACCAAGGGAAACGCGAGUCAAGCGGCCGUGUUCGCGUGGGAUGUUCUCAGCGGUGAAAUUAUCACGACAGUACCAGCUGGAGAAGGUGUCAAGGUUGUAAGUUGCGUCACGUGGAAUGAGAAAGGGCAGUGUUGGGCCGGCGCCUGUGCCGAUGGCACGGUGAAGGUUUACUGUUGA